AUCAUCUGUUCAAUAGCACAAACACAACUACUGCCAUUUUUCAGUCAUAAUCUGAACCACUGCAGUGCCAUAACAGUGGAUACCGCCAUGACAAACCAUGAAGCCUCCUCUUCAUCCUCCCCCAAGUCAAAACUUUGGAAUUACGACGUGUUCUUGAGCUUCAGCGGUGUAGACACACACAGUGGCUUCACGGACCACCUCCACGCGGCAUUAACAGAUAGGGGAUAUCAAGCGUAUAUCGAUGAGGACGAUCUAGAAAGAGGGGAAGAAAUAAAAAAAGAACUGGAACAGGCAAUCGAAAAAUCGAAGAUCUAUAUCAUUGUCUUCUCAGAGAGGUAUGCGGAUUCGAGUUGGUGUCUUAACGAGCUGGUGAAGAUCAUGGAGUGCAGAGACAAAUUGGGGCGACAUGUUUUGCCAAUAUUCUAUCACGUUGAUCCUUCACAUGUCAGGAAGCAGAAUGGAGUUUUGGCCCAAGCAUUUAAGAAACACGAAGAGAACAUCAGUAAAGAAAAAGAUGACAAGAAACGUGAAGAAAAACGAGAAAGGGUAAAGCAGUGGACAGAGGUUCUUACAAAAGCUGCAAAUUUGUCUGGCUACCAUCUUCAAAUCACUGAUAAGAGGUGCGAAGCAAAGCUUAUUAGAGAAAUUGUUAACAAGAUUAUCCCGGAAUGGCUUCCGAGCGCAGAAAGUUUACAUGUGGCCAAGCACCCAGUUGGAAUAUAUACUCGCAUUCAAGAUAUCAUCACUUUUCUUUCAAAUGGUGGAUCAAAUGUUGUUCGCAUGGUUGGAAUUUGGGGGAUGGGUGGAUUGGGUAAAACAACAGCUGCCAAAGCCAUUUAUAACAAAAUUCAUCAUGAGUUCCAAUUCAAAAGUUUCCUUAACAACGUUAGUGAAAAAGAUCUGGUUGUUUCGCAAGAACAACUUGUUUCUAACAUCUUGAAACAGAACAAGCGUGAGAUAACCAGUGUUGAUGAAGGUAUCAGUCUGAUAAAACAUCAUCUCCAAAGUAGAAGAGUACUUGUCAUUAUUGACAAUGUAGACAAAGUGGAACAACUAAAUGCAAUAGCUGGAAAUCGUGAUUGGUUUGGCCUAGGAAGUAGAAUUAUCAUAACGACACGAGAUGAUCGUUUACUAAAGCAAGUGAACAUGAAAGUGGACGAGACAUAUCCGCUUAAGGAAAUGAAUGAAGAAGAAGCUUUGAAACUCUUUAGUUGGCAUGCCUUUGGAAAUAGUUGUCCUAAUGAAGGAUAUCUUGAACUCUCAAAAGAGGUUGUUUCUCACUGUGGUGGUUUGCCACUAGCCCUUGAAGUUUUAGGUUCUUCUAUGAUUGAAAGAGUCCCAACAGAGUGGAAAAGUCAGUUGGAGAAAUUAAAAAAAAUUCCUCAUGAAGGAAUAAUGAAACCGCUAAGAGUAAGCUUUGAAAAGCUGGAUCGUACACAAAAGGCUACUUUCCUUGACAUAUCUUGUUUCUUUAUUGGAUGGGAAAAGGACUAUGUCGCAAAAGUAUUAGAUGGAUGUGAAUUUUUUGCAACAAUAGAAAUCAGUGUCCUCUGUGAACGAUGCCUUGUAACUGUUGAACGCAACAUAUUGUAUAUGCAUGAUUUGCUUCGAGAAAUGGCCAGAGUAAUCAUUUCUGAAAAGUCCCCCGGUCACCCUGGAAAAUGGAGCAGGUUGUGGAAUUCUCGAGAGGUCACCAAUGUAUUAACAAAUAAAUUUGGAACUGAAGAAGUUGAAGGACUUGCUCUAGAUAUCCCUUAUCCCGGGUUACCAAGCUCUGACAAGACUAGUUUCAGUACAGAAGCAUUUGCCAAUAUGAAGAAACUGAGAUUACUUCGGCUCGACUACGCUAAUAAGCUCAAUGGAAAAUACGAACAUCUUCCCAAAGAGUUAAUAUGGUUCUGUUGGAGUAAAUUCCCUUUACAGUCCAUACCAGAUGACUUUUUAAAUCAAGAGAAACUAGUUGCUAUACAGAUGCACGAUAGUAAAUUGGUACAGUUUUGGCAGGGUUCCAAGUCGCUCUCGCUCCAGAAGUUGAAGAUCAUUGAUCUCAGUUUUUCUAGUGACCUAAUUAAAUCACCAGACUUUUCACAAGUCCCAAAUCUUGAAGAGUUGAUAUUGGAAUACUGCAAUAAAUUGUCCGGAAUUCACCCCUCUAUUGGUUAUCUUAAAAGACUUUCUUUGGUGAACCUUAGAUUCUGUGACAAUCUUAUUUUUCUUCCAGGGGAUUUCUAUAAGUCGAAAUCUGUUGAGACUCUUUUUCUUUCGUUCUGUUCAAAUUUCAAAAAACUGCAUAAGGAUUUAGGGAAGAUGAUAUCAUUGAAAAUACUUGAUGCAGAUUCCACAGCCAUAAAACGAGUACCACCUUCCAUAGAUCUUGGGAGUCUAAUUUCCUUACAAGAUUUGAAUCUUAAAGGGAAUUCUUUUUGUAGCCUACCGAGCCUCAAUGAUCUUUCAAAGCUUGAAACUCUGAAGCUCAGUAAAUGCAGAAAUCUUCAUACAAUCCCCAAUUUACCAACAAAUUUGGAAGUCUUGAAGGCACCUGGUUGCCCUACAUUGAAAAUAAUGCCCAAUUUUUCGGAAAUGUCAAAGAUGAGAAAACUGAAUUUAAGUGAUUCGUCCAAACUCACUGAGGUUCCAGGCUUGGAUAAGUCAUUAUCCUCCAUGACAUUGAUUGAUAUGAAAAGGUGCACCAAUCUCACAGAUAAUUUUAAGAAGAACAUCCUACAGGGAUGGACUUCUUGCGGAUUUGGUGGCAUUUUCUUCCAUGGGAAUUAUGUUCCUGGUUGGUUUGAGUUUGUCAACAAUGGCAAUAAAGUCAGUUUUGAUAUUCCCCGGAGUGUUCGUAAUUUUAAAGGCCUGACUCUAUUCUGCUUUUACCACUCAAAAAAUAAUUAUUAUUCUCUUCACAUUACUGUUAUAAAUCACACCAAGCGUACUGAGUUGCGAGCCUGCAUAGCCAUACGCGGAGAAGAAAUAGACGGAGAAGAAAUAGACGACAUGCCUGAACCUGAUUAUAUUUGGCUAGGACAACUAUCGAACGAUAAGCUCAAUUUGCAAGGCGGGGAUAAAGUUGAUAUAAUUUUUGAAGAACCUUUUGUAAGUGUGGAUCCUUAUUAUUUAUUUACUGUUAAGAGAACAGGAGUUAAUCUAGCGUGGGAUAAGCCAAUGAAAGAAAAUAUGCUUGCUAUGAAUAGUGCUGGUUAUGUUUCUGACCCACAUCCAGCUUGGUUCUAUGAUGAGGCAGAACCAAGCCAUGAAUCAUCUGAUAAUAGUAAUCCCAGUAAUCAAAUGAGAAUUACUACAGAUGACAGAAAGGGGAAAAGGCAAAAAUUUUGA